AUGACAAGUCGCCUAGAUCUGGAAGCACCAUCCCCGAAUCGCGUUCAGAUGAUGCGAGUAGAAAAUGAGAGAAUUGCCGCAUCCAUAGGCCAACCUCCAAUGCCACAUUCAAAGGAAAAGGUGUCAGCGAUUACUUCCAUGGGUUUGCGAGUGUUGGUACUACUUGCAGUCCAAAACUCUUCAAAGAAUCUAUUGUUACGGUUCGUGAUGAAAGAGAGACCCAAAUUCCUAACAUCUGCGGCAGUCAUUGGUUCUGAGUGCACGAAGCUGACACUCAGCCUGCUCUACAUACUAUUUAUCGAGAAGAGACCGCCUGAGUCGAUUGUUCAAUAUUUCCGAGAUGAUUUGAAAAACACAAUGCUUGUUGCAGUGCCGGCUAGCGCCUACAACUUGCAGACAUCGUUGGAAUUCGUUGCCCUAGCCAACCUCGAUGCGGCAAUGUUCUCCGUUCUAGUCCAAACAAAACUUCUAUUCACAGCAACUUUUUCUUAUAUUGUUUUGGGGAGAAAAUUGAAAUAUAUUCAGGUCAUAUCUUUGGUUUUGCUCACAGUCGGGGUCAUGCUUUGUAAUAUGAAAUUUAAUGCUAGAGGCAUCGAAGACGAGAAGGAUACAUUCACAGGAAUCUGCGCAACACUUGGGAUCGCCAUUAGCUCUGGUUUUGCUAGCGUAUAUACAGAGAAAGUCAUCAAGGCUCACAGGGCCACAUCACCCGUGUCUGGGGCAUAUUCUUUGGCGUACACCCAAGUGCAGCUUGCAGUGAUGUCUUUGGUAACAAUCGGAAUUUAUGCCAUUCUGCAUGACUUCAGAGAAAUUUUUCAGUAUGGCUUAUUCCACAAUUUCAAUUUUGGAGCCUUCUUGGCGGUACUCAACUCUGCGAUUGGAGGAUUGAUUGUUGCGUCUGUACUAAAGCAUGCAGACUCCAUCCUAAAGGGAUAUGCCACCGCUGUCAGUGUAAUCAUGACAGGAGUGCUCAGCAUGGUGCUAUUUGGAACUAAGUUGAACACCGCAUAUUUCAUGGGCAUUAUCAAUGUUGUUGUCGCAGUAUUGUUGUAUAAUGGAAAGAACCUUGAUGUGUUGGUAUGCUAA